UUGGUCACUCUGCAAGUCUUACAACGUGAGCAGACAACAACAAAAUUACAUGUUUAUUUGGAAUAAUCACAAAAAACAAAAAACUUACCAACUUAGUGGAAUAAUCUUAGGAAAUAUCUAUUAAUUUGCGCGCAAUCCGUGCAAAACAAGUGAAGCAACAUGAGUAUGAGCGACGACGACCGCGACAUAGACAUCGAAAGUGACGAGGACGGGGACUCGGACACUGGCUUGGGAUCCUCGCGACACACAAACACCGCCAAUUUCACCCAGGCCGAAAAGCGGGCGCACCACAACGCUUUGGAGCGAAGGCGGCGCGAUCACAUCAAGGAGAGCUUCACCAACCUGCGUGAGGCGGUGCCCACACUCAAGGGCGAAAAGGCGAGUCGAGCUCAAAUCCUGAAAAAGACCACCGAAUGCAUACAGACGAUGAGGCGGAAGAUCAGUGAAAACCAGAAAGACAUCGAAGAGAUCAAGAGGCAAAACAACAUAAUAGCUAAGCAGAUACAAGCACUGGAGAGUUCAAAUGGGGAUCAGUUCAGCGAAUUUCUCAGCGACGAGGAAGUGGGCAGCGAGGAGGCCGACGACGAAGACCUCGACCAGGACUUCAGUAGACGCAAUAAAAAGAUGAAGACCUUCCACGCAUAGCCGCUGAUCCAAUCCAAAGUGCUGCUUACAGGCGUGUUCCGGCUUCCGUUUUCACCGACAUUCUGAAUUCUUACGUGGAUUUAGUUCAACUUUGAGUUGUGUUAUACGAAAGCAAUAGCCCUCGAAAAGUUGUGAAGGAAACGGUUCCAAAUUCGAAUUAAAGUGAAAAUUAAAAUUAUGUGGAAAUGAGAACAGUAACAAGUCCGAUAAUCAUAAUCAUCAUUAGCUGUAAGCCCAAAAUGUAACCCACCCAAUCGACCUUAAUUUGUAUGCGUGCGUCUUUUCUACUUUCAACAAAUUGUCACUCUGUGCGCAAAGAAUAAAGUAAACUAGUAAGUACAUAUUUUUAGAAAAAAACAGGGGCUUCUUGUUGAUGAAUUCUAUUAUGGAAAUUGGAAAAUAUAACGGACCAAUUGAGUAACAUGAGUGCUGCUUUUGAAGAAGUUUAUAAAUGAUAAAAGGAUUGACAUUUUAUGCGAUUAGGGCUAAAUAAAAUCAGCAAUUUUUGCAAGUAAUUUGAUCACUUGAUACUGGAACCUUCCCUUAUUUAUAUCUGGAAUCUCCUUUUGCUUAUUACUCGAGAACUAUAAAGAACGAGCUGAAAAAACUUUAACGUACGUAUCUGUCUUUCUAAUAUUGGUUUG